AUUGUGUAUACUUGGCAGGCUGCCCGGCACACAAGCAGCGUAAACAUUUGCCCCAUCGGUUGGAUGGAUGGGGGGAGGGCUCCGACAUCGGAGAUCGAGAAUCUGGCAUUUGGAGAGCAUUUCGCUGAUGCGAUUGAGUUGGAGGAGAGCACCGAGUUCAGUCGGUCGAAGGAGCACGCCCCGGGCAGUCGCCAAUUAAAAUUGGGGAAAAUAUUUUGUAAGCUAUUUGUAAACUCGUAAAGCAGUUUCAUAUUCGUAUUGCCCAAAAGUAUCUGCGGCAUGUUCAAAGUGUCACAGGAGAUGCGUCUCAACACGCAGGCCGCCACCUCCGCCGCCACCUCCGUCUCCAGUUCGAGUGGGAGUGGCCUGGAUGGCAAUAGUCCGGAGGAGGGCGGUAUUUUUGGACGCUACCAGCGGACGCCCGAUGCGGAUGCCUAUCCCUCGGAAACGCCGCGCGUCUAUGUGGCACCCGAGCUGACCGACGCCGGCAAGGUGCAGUUGCUCCACUUUCCCAGCGGAGCGGUGAGGGUCAACACUCCGCUGGGCUUCAUCAUCAAGCGGAACGGGGUCAAGGGAAACUUCGAGGUGCGCGUCGAGGGUCCCAGUGGCCAGCCCAUCCAGCCCGUGCGGCAGCAGCAGCUGGAUCCGGAGCGCUUCCAGAUCGAUUGCCAACUGGCCGCCGGAGCGGGUCUCUACAAGGUGCACAUCAAGUGCAAUUCCGUCACCCUGCCCCGCUCACCAUUUAUCAUCGUGGCCAUAGCAGGUGCACCCGAAUCCAUCGAGGGCAAACCUGCGAGCUCUUCCGUGCCCACCUUGGAUUCGGAUGCCAGCAGAGUACAGAGCCGUGGCCUGGGCCUCAGCCAUGUCAGCUUGGUGGAGCGCAAUGAGUUCACCGUGGACUGCGGCCAAGCGGGGAGCAACAUGCUCCUGGUGGGCGUGCUGGGGCAACGCGGUCCCAGCGAAGAGGUGGUGGUCAGGCAUCUGGGCCGUGGCAUUCACAGGGUGACCUACCGAGUGUGCGAUCCCGGCGACUACAUCCUGGUGGUCAAGUGGGGCGAGGAGCACGUACCGGGCUCUCCGUUCAGCUUAAGUGCGGAUUAGCCGUACAAUAUAAAUGUGCCAGUAUAAAUAAGCUGACCUUGAUGGGGCGCCACUACCACCCAUCAGCCGCCUUCUCAAUGGAAUCCUGCGCAGCUCCUUCGGGCGAUGUGCUCCCUAAUGAUGAUUGCCGAUGAUAGCGUUAUGGGUGCUCCAGCCGCCUUCCUUGUUGGCCUUUCCCCCACUAAUGACGUUCGCAUUUGGGAGCUGAUGCUGUCGGCGCCUCACAACCUAAUGAUGAUGACCGGCGAAUGUGGGUAAACUGAGUACGUGGGGGCAAAUAGUAAUGUGCACAGCCGAGGUUGAUGCAAUAGUCAGAAGUUUGGAAAAAGUGAGAAUACUUAUGUAAUAAAGUUACCACAUUUUAGAUGUUAGAGUGCAUUAACUGAUAAUCAUAAGUUAAAGCUCAUUGCAAACUAAAAUAGAUUUACUAAAAUAACAAUUAUAUAAAAAAGUACUAUCUUAAAAGUGCCAAAAAAUCAUACAUCAUUAAAUAAUUGCAGUACUAAACUCGAAAA